CGGUAAUGUAGCAGCACGUUGCUGUUUACGGAAACGCUUUACGUCAGCACGUGUACAGGCUUGUUGUUUCAGUCCAAGACCAGCAGUACGUGAAUCUUUGCAUGUUCGAAGGAAGAGCUUAUCGAGGGGCUUUAACCACAUGACCGCAGCACAUUCAGACUGGGAUCUAUCGAACGCUCAGAUGCACAAAAUAGAAAGUAGGAGGACAGGGCGUGUUUCUUUUUUGUUUGUGUGUGUCGAACUGACCUCCACCGUGGACUCGAUCCAAACCCUGUAAAGCCGCUUUUUGAACAAGUCUGACACAGAUGCAACGGCGAGUGACGCACUGAGAGGGGAAGAAACAUGAUUCUGAUGAAGAUUCAGCCAGGGGCCUGCAGAGUUUGGUUCUCUCGGGUGUCAAUGAGGCAGGAGCUGUCUUUCUCCUCUUCUGUGCCCCCCCAGCCGGUGCCGCCUCUGGCCCAGACCCUGCAUGGUUACCUGAGGAUUUUGGAGCCGCUGCUGCCACCGGAGGAGCUCGCCCACACACGCAGGAUGGUGCAGGAGUUUGGCAGACCGGGUGGCCUGGGUGCAAGGCUGCAGGAGGGUCUGGAGAAGAGAGCCAGACUGCACAAGAACUGGAUCACAGACUGGUGGGUGCAGUGGGCGUACCUGGAGAGCAGACAGCCGCUGCCUGUGCACUCCAGCCCGGCCAUCUCGCUGCCCCACAGGGAUUUCUCCGAUUGGAGGGGCCAGAUAGUGUUUGCUUCCAAACUGAUAGCAGCCGUACUGGAUUUCAAGGCGAAAAUGAAAACCGGCCAGCUGCCAACAGAGUACAUGCGAGGCAAACCUCUGUGCAUGGAGCUCUAUCCGCUCCUCUUCUCCUCCUGCAGGAUCCCCGGUCCCAAACACGACUACGUAGCCCACCACGGACGCGCUCGCCACACGCCCACGCACAUCACCGUGGUCAGGAACUAUCAGUUCUUCCAGCUGGACGUGUACAACAGCGAUGGUUCGCGAAUGACGGAGAGCCAGAUCCAUGGUCAGCUGCUGAGGAUCAGGUCUCAGUCGUGGAAGACAGACAAAGAGCCCAUGGGGAUUCUGACCAGCGAGCACCGUCAUACCUGGGGGGAGGCCUACAACCGCCUGCUGAGAGAUAAGCUGAACAAGGAAUCGGUGCGGCUGAUAGAGACGGGACUUUUCACCGUUUGUCUGGACUCUGCAGUUAUGAAAAUAUCAGAUGAGAAGUAUGCCAGCCGUAAAGCGGCUCAAGUGCUGCACGGGGGCGGGACCUUCUCCAAUAGUGGUAACCGGUGGUUUGACAAAACUCUGCAGUUUGUGGUGGGUGAGGACGGCUCAUGGGGUCUUUUAUAUGAACAAGCCACUGCGGAGGGUCCACCUGUAGCAACACUGCUGGAUUACAUCCUGGAGUACUGCAAGAAGCCCGACCCAAAGAGAGCACCACUGGUCCCCCUGCCGAUGCCCAAGAAGCUUUACUUUCACAUAGACAGAGAGAUCAAGAUUGACAUAGAGCAUGCCAAGCAGAACCUCGACAUAUUGAUCAACGACCUUGAUGUGAACGUGUUCAACUUCAAAACUUUUGGUAAGGACCUGCCCAAGCAGCACAAACUGAGUCCAAACUCCUUCAUCCAGGUCGCCCUGCAGCUGGCCUAUUACAGAGUUCACCAUGAGGUGUGCCCUGCCUGUGACAUUGCUUCCCAACGGAUGUUUCGAGGCGGACGCACGGAAUACAUCCGCUCGCCGAGGAUUCAGACUCUCAAGUUCGUAUUGGCAUUCGAUGAUCCAUCUGUUUCGCGGGAAGUCAAACUCCAACUGUUCCGAGAAGCUGUAGACACCUACAGUGCUUUGACAGCUAAGGUUCUUGAAGGGCACGGUAUUGACCGCCACUUGCUGGGACUUAAGCUCCAAGCCAUCGAGGAGGGACUGAGCAUUCCCAAGAUCUUCAUGGAUACAGCUUAUGGCCUGGCAACUCACUUAAAAAUGCGAACAGGACAGGUUCCUGCAAACACGGACAGCGUGAUGUGUUUUGGACCCCUUGUUCCAGAUGGUUAUGCCAUAUGUUACAACCCCCAGUCUGACCAUGUCCACUUUUCGAUAACGGCCUUCAACUGCUGUGAGGAGACGCAUGCAGAAACGCUGGCCCUGACGCUGAAGAACACCCUGUGCGACUUAAAGGAUUUGCUGCAGCCUACCGUGUAGAACUGCUGCAACAAGUCUCCCCACAAGAACAAACAAUAAUAGCAUUUUAUUUUCUUAAACCUGAUUUUUUUUUUUUCUCUUCAGUGUAGAUCCUUCCAAGGAGGCUUGGUGUUUUUUGAGGGUGUUUUGGGGGCGAGGGGGGUGAAUGCUUUCCUCUGCUUGGCAUUGGUGACGCUUCACUAUAGCAGGUCAUUUUGAUAGAGCAUUUAUGACUGAAGUCAUUGGCUCUGAGGUGCUAACGCUUUGAUGAGCUCUAAAAUCAUUUAAAAAAUAAUAAAUUCUGUCCGAUCAAAAGCUCAUUUGCUGCUGCGGGGCCGUGGAGGCCCGUCUUCUGAAAGCCGAUCUCACACUCCAGCAUUAAUCACAAGUCAAAGCAGUUCUGUGUAAACUGCACUCUUUUUACACCAGCUCCUCGACCCUUCGCUCUUUCAAGUUUUGCAAAAGUUGUUCAACCCAUUUUUUGGUAAAUUGUCACCAAUCUGUAUGAAAAGGACCAAAUGCCACCAUGCAGAUAUUACUAUCAGUGCAGGUGCAAAGAAGGGUUCUUUUUCUUUUUUCUUUUUUUUUUUUUGGUGAGGUGUCUUUGCUCCUUCGGUGAGGAGUGCUGCCGGCGACUUGCAGGACUGUUUAAUAAAACCUGUUUGUUUAUAUG